AUGCGCAAUACACCUUCGCAACAUACAAAUGGAAAUGGUGAUAUACACCAGACAUAUUUUGGGACAACAGAAUCUUCUGAUGAAGACGAAGACGCUUGUCAAGAAUUAGAAUCAACCGAAACAUAUAAAAAAUUCUAUGAGGUGGAGAAGAUUCUCAAGCACAAUUAUGAUGAUCUUAAGCAUUGUUUUGAAUAUUAUAUUAAAUGGAAAGGGUGGGAUCCUGUUUUCAACAGCUGGGUUGACGAAAGGGAUUUAAAUGCUCGACAGUUACUUGAUGAGUAUUGGAGUUGCAACAGUCGUUCGGGUGCAUCUAGAAAAAAUCCACUCUCGAGAAGUGGAGUCGGUAGGUCAGUGUCUCCCUCUGCCCAACAAAAGAGAUCAUCAUCGCGGUCUUCAAGUAUUCAGCCAUUAUCAAAACGAAGGCGGCGAUCACCAUCACCGGUGAGAGGUCGCUCAAAGUCCGGACAAAAGACAACCUCACGUUCUCAAUCUAGGCAAAGAACAAAUUCACGUUCACGUGAACAAUUACCAUCACAUAGUAGAUCUAAAAGAGAACAUCUUGGAGUUUUAUUAAAUAAGGAUUUUUAUGAAGGUUCUAACUCGGUUAUCAUUCCCGAGGAGGAUGAUGAUAUUUCAUCCCAAUGCAUUUACGAAAAUGAUGAUUCAGAAGUAGAACCGUGUCCCUGCAGAAAGUCCGAGGACUGGGAGAUCGAUGUUACUGAUAUUUGGAGGAUUGACUUAAAUGCGAACAAUAAAUUAGUAGUGUUUCUGGAAUGGGAAUCUGGUCAUGUGAUACCUCAUCCACUUCGUGUGGUUGAAGAAAGACUUCCAAUAAAGCUGGCUAAAUAUUAUAGAUCCAUAUUAAAGUUUAAGUUUGCUGGUGAAUAUCGUGAGCUAGAGAAUUAUAAUCAAGCAAUAAGAAUAAAAGAUAGGUUUUACAAUGAAGUAACCAGUGAGGAAGAAUAUUUUACGAAUUAUGACCAAUUCGGUGUUAAACUCUAUGCCUGGUUUUGGAAUGUCACAUUAUUGAGCGUGAUAAAUUUAACGUUGGGAAUAUUUCCACAGACAACAGCUAUCGGUCUAAUCCUUUCCGCCAUUUAUGCAUUUACCACAUCACUCAAUUAUUUCCGCGGUCAACCGUUGACAUGUCCACGCCCAUACAACCCGGAAUUCUACCUAAAUAAUGGAACUUAUAUUACUCCAGAUAUUGAAGUUCCAUUGUGCAAUACAUGUGAAUAUCAUUUAAAAGCAGCUGUUUCAUCAUGG